UCCAUAGUUAGCUAUGAGUCAUAUAACAAAGCAGGUUAUCAAAGGUUGGUAUAAUCAGAUUGUCGCCAACAUGGACCGCCCUGAAAGCGCAAACAAGAAAAUGAAUGGAGAUGAUCAACUGCGAAACCGAAAAUCAAAAUUUCUGGCAAACACUUCCGCUGAAUCCUCUUGUGAUGCACAAGCCAAUUUGGUAGCUACUGGUACACAAAACAAAGGAAAAUCCAUUGGAGCUAUGUUGAAUGCUAUUUACAAAUAUUCAAGAGUUUAUGUUCUUAAAGGGACGGUAUUGUCCAUUAUUUCAAUUUCUUUGCUAGCCGUGCAGAGUCUUUCAGACUUAACCCCAUCCUUUUUUCUUGGAGUUUUGCAGGCGGUUAUCGGUGGCUGUUUGGCCAAUUUGUAUGUUGUGGGCUUUAAUCAACUCUCAGACAUCGAGAUCGACAAGAUUAACAAGCCAUACUUGCCAUUGGCAUCCGGCGAACUUUCAGUUAAAGAAGGAAUUCGAAUCACCUCUUUGUAUGCGAUAUUGGGUUUCUGCCUAGGAUGGAGUGUUAAAUCAUGGCAUUUAAAGUUAUGUCUCUUCUUAUGGUAUACUGUCGGAACUGCAUAUUCGGUUCAUUUACCUUUACUACGAUGGAAAAAGUAUCCGGUAGUUGUCGCAAUAUGCAGUUGGUUAUUUCAGGGGGUGACUCUUCCUAUGUUGUUUCACCUCCAUGCUCAGACAAACAUACAUGGAAGGCCACUCUCACUAUCAAAGCAUGCCAUUUUUGUAUUUGGAAUCAUGGGUAUCCACUCGAUGGCAUUGCUAAUAUUUAAGGACAUUCCUGAUGUCGAAGGAGAUAAGCGACAUGGAUUUCACUCUUUUGCGUCAAAAUUCGGCCAAAAACGGGUGUUUUGGAUUUGUAUAUGGCUUCUUGAACUGAUAUACGGUGUAGCUAUAUUAAUAGGAUUAUCAUCAACCCAUUUGUGGAUCCGGCUAGCAAUGGUAAUUGCUCAUAGCAUUCUUGGUUUUGUUGUUUGGAGGAAGGCAAACUUGGUAGAUCUCAACAGUAUAGAGGCCACUGAAUCAUUCUACAUGUUUAUGUGGAAGUUGUACUACAUGGAGUACUUGCUGGUGCCCAUAUUAAGAUUCUAAGCAUGAAGAAGAUACAAAUGACAUGUUGUCACACCCGCUCAGAGGCGCAAGCGUGAGAUGUGAUGGUGAUUGAUUCUCAUUGCAUACGAAUAAGUAAACAUACUACAUGAAUAAAACAAACUCCAAAUGCCAUUCGUAGAUUCGUAUUCAAACAUAAGUUAAGUAAAGUGUUUACAUCACUUCCAAAAGAUAACAAGUUUAAAAGUUUACAUCACAUUUCAAAUUCUAAAUGUCAAGGAUUUAUUCCUCAUGUCACCGUAAAGAAGCGGGAUAUGAUAAAAAUCCUAAAAAAGUGGCAUGGAGUGUAGACAUGUGACUUCUUGAAACGUAAACCCGCAAAGCUUCCACUAAUUUCCUGAAAUACAUGUAAGUUCGAAAAAUCAUCAACAAAGUUGGUGUGAAUUCAUGCAGUUUGUAUAAAAUGUAUGAGUUAUAUUUGUAUGAAA